AUGUCUGGCAAGAGAUCCCAUUCAUUCAGAAAAAGGGACCAGCAAGAAGCCCCGGCUCCAGCUCAGGUUAAUCAGAAGUGCAGAAGUUACCGAAAUCAUGACAGCUCCAGAGAUGGCGAACACCACUGCCCACUGCAUUUUGUUAGAUUCGUCUUCGACGAUGCAGUUCACGAGAGCUGGUCCAGUGAAAAGCGCUAUGCACUUCAUGAACUGAAUGGUAGCAAUGACGACGGAUUGGCUUACGCAGCUGAUUUCGCAGCUAUUGGACUGAUUUGUGUCAGAUGGGCACCUCUUACAGAAGUGGCCAUGUUUAUUCGUAUUCUUACAGCUUUUACUCCUACCUCUGCUAUUCUAACUAAUGUGAUUACCGGUUAUCCCUUCGUGACCCCGCGAGCGCUCAUUUCGCAUGUCUUCCAUCCGAUGUCGCAACUAAACCAAAAAUGUAAAGCUAAAAGAAGAAUGUCCGUUGAGGAAUCCGGGAAGAAAUGA